AUGCCGCCAAAACGAAAGCUUGCGCAGACGGCUGCUGACGCUGAGGCCGAGGAUGGCUGGGACGAUAACGACGAGGGCCCUAUGAGCGAUCAAGAGACGUUCGAUCAGCUCAAGGAAGAGUUCGAUGUCAAAGCCAUGACGAAGCGCGCGCGCGCUGGCCGUGUCCGCGACGCCGCAGCAGAUCUCUUCAGAAAGUCGGAUCAAUGGAGUGCGCCCCUCAAGUCGGACCAUUACAACCGUCCGCUAUGGGUCAAUGAUGCAGGCGGAAUCAUCCUCGAGUCCUUCCAUCCUCUCUUCGAUGAAGCUCAGGACUUUUUGAUCAACAUCGCCGAGCCGCAGUCGCGUGUCUCCAAGAUGCAUGAAUACCAGCUCACAACCCACAGUCUGUUCGCCGCCGUCAGUGUUGGUCACUCUAAGCAAGAGAUCAUCGAGAAGCUUGACCGCUACUCCAAGACUGCCCUGUCUGAAGCCAUUAUCCAGUUUGUUGAAAAGUCCACGUCCGCUUUCGGUAAGGCCAAGAUUGUGUUGAAAAAGACGCUGUCCUACAUAGAAAGCGAGGAUCCUGCGAUCCUCCAGAAACUCCUCCGCGACCCCGUCGUCGCAGAGUGCAGGGCUGAUACAACCGAUGGCCUCAUCAAGGAAGCUGCACCCAAGAUCGGCCAGAUGGCGAUCCCAGGUACCAAGCUAGCCGCUGGUGCAAACAACAUGGCACAACAGCAACAGCCGGAAGCUGCUCAAAAUCCUGCUCCCAGCGAUAUGAUUGCUACAUUGCGCGAGGACGACGACGAUGACGAGGUCGCCCAAGUCCACUCGUUCCAGAUUAAGAGUGAGGAGCGUGAAAAGGUCGUGAAACGUUGUCGGGCCAUUGGUCUACCACUGACUGAAGAGUACGACUUCAACAAUGACGAUACCAAUCCAAACUUGGAAAUCGAUCUCAAGCCGCACGCCCAGAUUCGAUACUAUCAGGAGAAGGCUCUUAGUAAGAUGUUUUCAAACUCUCGUGCCCGUUCAGGAAUCAUAGUGCUGCCAUGCGGCGCAGGUAAGACCCUAGUCGGCAUCACAGCUGCCUGUGGUGUGAAGAAAUCCGUCAUUGUCCUGUGCACAAGUGCCAUGUCCGUUGUUCAGUGGCGCGCCGAAUUCAUCAAGUGGUCAAACAUCAAUCCAGAAGAUGUGGCCGUCUUCACGGCAGACAACAAGACCCGCUUUCCUCGUCAGGCUGGUAUCAUUAUCAGUACCUACUCUAUGAUCAGUAAUGCCAGGAAGCGUUCGCACGAUGCGGAAAAGGUCAUGCAGUUCAUUCGUGGACAGGAAUGGGGACUGCUGAUAGCUGAUGAAGUGCACGUGGUGCCUGCCAACAUUUUUAAAAAGGUCACCUAUGAGAUUGCAUCACACGCAAAACUUGGCUUGACCGCCACUCUCCUUCGAGAAGAUGACAAGAUUGAUGAUCUCAACUUUCUCAUUGGCCCCAAGCUCUACGAGGCCAACUGGCAAGAGUUGUCAGAACAAGGACAUAUUGCCAAAGUGCAGUGUGCAGAAGUUUGGUGCCAAAUGACGCCUGAAUUCUACACUGAAUGGCUCAAGCCUUCGUCGCUGCAGAAGCGUGCUUUACUAUCAAUCAUGAACCCAAAGAAAUUUCAAGCCUGCCAGUUCCUCAUCAAUUACCACGAAUCACGAGGCGACAAGAUUAUCGUCUUUUCGGACAAUGUGUACGCCCUGGAGAAAUACUCGCGUAAGCUUGGAAAAGCAUACAUUUACGGCGCAACCCCACAACAAGAACGUCUUCGUAUCUUGGAGAACUUUCAACACAACGAGCUCGUCAACACCAUUUUCCUUUCAAAGAUUGGCGACACCAGCUUGGAUCUUCCAGAAGCGACAUGUCUGAUUCAAAUUUCAUCGCAUUACGGCUCACGUCGUCAAGAGGCGCAGCGACUGGGCAGAAUUCUGCGAGCCAAGAGGAGGAAUGACGAGGGCUUCAACGCCUUCUUCUACUCUCUCGUAUCCAAGGACACGGACGAAAUGUACUACUCAUCCAAGCGACAAGCUUUCCUUGUUGAUCAAGGAUAUGCCUUCAAAGUCAUCACCCGUCUCGAAGGACUUGAAAACUUUUCGCAGCUGGCAUUCGCGACACCGCAAGAGCGGCGAGAGCUACUCAUGGAUGUCCUGCUUGCCCGUGAAGAGGAUGCCAAGGAAGAAAGAAUCGAAGGCGAUGCGUUUGGCACAAAGUACGCUUCGAACAAGGGCAACAAGAAGAAGUUUGGAGUCCGGAGAGCGGCUGGCACACUUUCUGAAUUGUCUGGCGGACAGACUAUGGCGUACAUGGAGGUCAACAAGAGCAGGAAUAAGGAGCUCAAGGGAACAAAGGGUGUCCAGAAUGCUUUUAUGAGGAAGCUUGCGAGGUCAGGGGCCAAGAAAUAA